AUUCGCUGGACUAUUAAGACUCUCGCUCUGAACUUCUCCCCCCUCAGAAGCGCUGUGCCACCGGGAGCCAGAGGAGGCCAUGGCGCAACUUUUUACUCACAAACCUCCACCCAACAACUCUCCUGUGAUGACAUAUUUUUAAUCCGAGUUUGAAAUUUUCUUUUAUCCGUGGAAAUGCUCCGUCCAGAUCCCUAAAGUGUGGUGACUAUGAACUUAUUGCCAAGUGGAAUAUGUUUUUAUUUAUCUGUAGCAAUCUGCUGGCUGACGGCCGAGGUCGAUGCGUCCUGGUGGUACAUGGGCACCCUGGGCUCCCAGGUGAUGUGCGACAACAUCCCCGGGCUGGUGAACAAGCAGCGGCAGCUGUGCCGGCAGAACCCCCGAGUGAUGCAGGCCAUCGGCGCCGGGAUGAAGGACUGGAUCUCCGAGUGCCAGCACCAGUUCCGCAACCACCGCUGGAACUGCAACACCACGGCCAGAGAGCACAGCCUGUUCGGACGCCUGCUGCUGCACAGCAGCCGCGAGGUGGCCUUCAUGUACGCCAUCUCGUCGGCCGGUGUGGUCUACACUCUGGCCCGGUCCUGCAGUCAGGGGGACCUGGACUCAUGCUCCUGCGACCCCACCAAGAAGGGCUCGUCCCGGGACUCCAGAGGCUCCUUUGACUGGGGGGGCUGCAGCGACCACGUGGAGCACGCCAUGCGCUUCAGCCAGGGCUUCGUGGACGCCAAGGAGAGGAAGCAGAGGGACGCCCGGGCGCUGAUGAACCUGCACAACAACCGGGCGGGCCGGAAGGCGGUGCGGCGCUUCAUGACUCUGGAGUGUAAGUGCCACGGGGUCAGCGGGUCCUGCAGCGUGCGGACCUGCUGGCUGGCGAUGGCCGACUUCAGACGCACCGGGGAUCACCUGAGGAAGAGGUACAGCGGCGCCGUGCAGGUGGCCGUCAACCAGUACGGCACCGGCUUCACCGCCGCACACACACGCUUCAAGAGACCCAGCAAGAACGACCUGGUGUACUUCGAGGACUCGCCGGACUACUGCGUGCGGGACCACGAGUCAGGCUGGAUGGGGACAGGGGGCCGGCUGUGUAACCGGACCUCCCGCGGUGCCGACGGCUGCGAGGUGAUGUGCUGCGGCCGCGGCUACGACACGUCCCGGGUCAGCCGCACCACGCAGUGCGAGUGCAAGUUCCACUGGUGCUGCGCCGUGGUCUGCAGAGACUGCCAGCAGACGCUCGACGUGCACACCUGCAAGGGCCAGACGUGACCGGGAACACGCUAAU